UUGUGGGAGCAGCGGGCGGAGGGCUCGGAGCCGCGGGCAUCCAUCCCUCCGAGCGAGACCUCCGAAGGCCGCCUCCGGGUUCGGAGGAUCGCCCGACGGUGCCUUCGCGGCGAUGAGCUCCGGCACCGCGUCCUACCGCUGCUCCAUGUCGUCCUCCGCCGAUCUCUCCGAGGAGGAAGACCUCAGCCAGAAGUCGGGCACGGGGUCGCCGGCACCGGGGGACACGCUGCCCUGGAACCUGCCCAAGCACGAACGCUCCAAGCGGAAGAUCCACGGCGGCUCCGUGCUGGACCCGGCCGAGCGGGCCGUGCUGCGCAUCGCCGGUAAGGGGCGGAUGGGACCAACGCGCGAAGCCCUCCCGAGCGCGGUGACUAAGCGCUGCGGCCGGGCUGGGCGGGAGGGCCGGGCUGCGGGCAGGUGGCGCGCGUUAAACUUUGAU